CCGAGCGAGUCGAACGCCUGGCUUCUCUCCAUCGUGCUGAGCGAGGACUCCUGGAAGGAGCGAUCCUACCAGACCGCGCUCGUCUUCCUCCUCACCGUCUUCCUGCUUCGCUUCCCCGCCAUGUUCGGGCCCGCCGAGACCAAAACGCUCUUCCUUCUCUUCCAGAAACUCUGUUCCGCCCGGUCCUCGCGGCUCGACGGGCUGAAACUCCUCGUGCAGAUCGUGUCCUCGCUCCCGAAGGAGGCCAUCGAGCCCUUCCUCCCCGCGGUGAUCAACAUUCUGACCGUUCUCGCGGAGCGCGGCGCGUCGCAGGCGAUUCGCGAGCAGAUUUUGCUGGCCUUGGCGUGGCUGACGAUCCGGUUCGGCCGGUCCGCGUCGACGCAGCUGGUGCUGCAGAAGGGCGAGCAGGUGUUCCUCGGGUUUUUCUCGGUGCUGUUUCGCAAUGGAAUCAACGAUAUGAGCGAAGUCGUGCAGAAAAUCGAGGCUUACGGCAUCGUCAAAAUGCUGGAGACCGAGCAGGGAUUCUACGCGGCCAACCGCGCGGCGCUGGGACAGGGACUCAUCGCUGUGAUGCGCUACGCGCUGAAGGACGUGAAUAAAAAUCUCUUUACUGGAGAUGCGAGUUUCCUGAAUAAGGCGGUGGAGUACGAUGCGUAUCACAAGCUGUCGCUUGCGAGUAUCGAGCCGGCGGAUCCGAUCCCGGAGGUGAAGGACAUGAUGAAGGUGACACAGGACUUGAUUUCAGUGGUGGUGCAGCAGUGCGGAGGGUCCCUCGACUCGGUUCUGCAGGCUCUGCCACGAGACGAUCAGGAAUAUCUUUGGAAGAAGUUGAAUCAAUGGACUGUUUGUUCUCAAACACGCAAAAUGACUAAUACUCUCUGGUUUCUCCUGUAUAUCGAUUAUGAAGCACACAGCUAUUGCACAAGUGAUGAAGCAGCUUGA